UGCUCUGCUUUGCUUCCCUCCUCGCUCGCUCUCGUCCUCACUUGCCCUGCAAGUUGGCAGAACACGGAGGGGAAGGAAAUCAAGUGGCGACUGCUCCACUGCGCCGCACGUGGGUCAGGUGACCCUGGUGCAUGCUCCUCGCGUCGCAUGCAUGCAUGAUUAGGUUUGACGUAACGACGACCCAUGGAGUCAACAAGAGGAUCGCCCUAUAAAUAUUCUCGGAGCUCAACAGUCACGACACGAAAAGAAAGGGCAUUGGAUCACGCAACCCUCUUAGACUUCUCCGCGGUUUGUUGUACCAAAGGCGGAGGUUUGUGGGAGUAAAAUAAGUAAUUUGGUGGGCGUAGUAUGAUUAUACUAAUGGAGGAGAGGAUAAAGUUGGGUUGGGAUUUGAAAGGGUGUGUGUAGUUUAUAAAUUAUAAUGUAGAGGGGAAGUGGGGCAACCUGGAGUUGACUGGCAGAUGAGUUUUUCUACUGGUGGUAUUGGAUUAUUGCAUGUCUAUCAUGGGUACUAGACUGCUUCAUUAACUGGAGGACAGAAUGCAAAGGUUUUUUCUUUUGGAAAGGAAAUUUCUUUAAAAGAAGAGGGCGUUUGUAUUGGGAUGAGCUGUCAUCAGCAUUAGAUGCUUUAUCUGACGCCCACCUGCAAUGUCCGACUGCUGCUAUUGCUAUUGCUAUUGCCAUUGUUAUUGCUAUCGCUGCCGCUGCUGCUGUCUAUUUUACCUGAAGAGCAGUGAGCAAGCAGUAGCGCAGUAAUUGGUAAUGUCGCAAACUAUGCAAAAAUUAAGCAGAGAUUAAAGGAGCUAGGGGAAACAGACGAGUCUCAUGCUUCUCCUAAUCAUGAGGAGCCUGGUCAGAGAGUAAUUUGGAUGGGGGAUUAGCGGCAUAUAUGGUGGGAAUUAAUGCGCGCAGAGAGGAAUUGGAGAGCUUGGAAAGGUUGAAUUCAGUUGGUGCUAACGUUCUAUAAGUUUUUAACUGUUUGUUUUGUAACCCAGGACCAGUAGCGGGAUAGGCAAUGAUCUAUUUGUAGCAUUCCCUCCGAGACCCCACGAGCGGGCUACUCUACCCUACUGCUGCUUUCUCAGGUCCCCAAGCAGCGGCAAAGAAAGAGCGAGACCGAGCGCAGGAGUCGGAGUGUGUGUGUGUGUGGAAGAGAAAGAGAAAGGAUCAGAAGGGGGAGGAGGAGGAGGGAGCCAGAAAUAAAACAUAAGAAAAAAAAAAGUCAGGAAAGAAAAGAGAGGGGAGGAAGAAAAGGGAAAAGCUGCGGGAAUUAGGGUUCGGAGAUUAAACCUACUCAACCUCCUCCCAUCUCCCUUUCAUUCCUUUGUGCUAGCUGUACUUUAUUAUAAUUUGCUUCUCGGUCAUUCUCAAUCCUCUAUCCGUCUCGCGCUCUCCCUUUCUCUCUCUCUCUCUCUCUUUCGUGCUUGAUUUCUUUCGCUCUAUCACGCAUAGAGACGACGACAACAGUCAAUGAGAGGAGAGCCCCACGAAGACUCCGCUGUCCCGCCGAAAACCCUAACUAGAUUAGAAAACGCGUGAAAGGAAGGAGAAAGCAUGGACCAGGGCGAAAAUAAUCGACAUGGAGGAAGAGGAUCGAGAAGGGUUCCGACAAAUAGCAACAGCAGCAGCGGAACCAACAGCAGCCGAAGCACCUCGGAUCAGCACCACCUGCAGCUCCCGGCCGCGCAGCAUCGGCACCGCUCACCCUUCGGCGACGGCCAAUACCGGCAGCAAGGGAACACCAGCGGACCGGCGUCGUUGGAGCUGGUCCCCAUCGAGAGCCAGUCGGGCCCCGCCGGACCGGGAGCUUACUUCAUGGGCUCCAUCAUCCACCACCGCGGCAGCAGCGGCGGGGUAGACGCGUCCCUUGCUAUCUCCACAGUCGCUAAGCCCGACCCGUCUGCGGCUCACGCUGGCGCUUCCUCCUCAGGCGCUGGUUCAGGCGGAGCGCCCAAGAAGCUCGCCGUCGCUGCUCCAGCCCCGGCCAAGCGCUCCUCGAAGGACCGGCACACCAAAGUCGACGGCCGAGGGCGACGGAUCCGCAUGCCGGCGAUCUGCGCUGCGCGGGUGUUCCAGCUAACACGGGAGCUCGGACACAAGACCGAUGGAGAGACCAUAGAGUGGCUGCUGCAACAGGCCGAGCCGGCUAUCAUCGCUGCUACGGGCACUGGUACCAUCCCGGCCAACUUCUCCACCCUCAACAUCUCCCUUCGGAGCAGCAGCUCCUCCCUCUCCGCCCCGGCCUCCAAGUCCGUCCCUCUCUCUUUCCACGCCCUCGCCCUCGCCCACCACCACGCAGAUUACGACCACCAGGGCAUCGCCUCCGCCGACCCCGCUGGCAUAUCACAUGCCGCUGCAAUGCUCGGCUUCCACCAGCAGCACCAGCUCCUCUCGGAUCAGAUCGGCGAGGGGAUACAAGGCGGAGGCGGCACAGCCACCGACUCCGCCGACACUUAUUUGAGGAAACGCUUCAGAGAGGACCUCUUCAAAGAUGAGCACCAGCAUGGCACUCCACAACACCAAGAAGGGAGAGGAGGGACAGCAGCCCUCUCAUCUCCGUCGUCACCCUCCAAGUCCCUGCGGUCAGCCGGCGGACUCCAAUUGCAGCAACGACCACAUCAACAAGAAGUGGCCAAUGUCGGUACAGGCUUCUCAACCCGGCCGCCCAGCGUCCUCCCCGCGACAGCAAUGUGGGCAGUUGCCCCAAGCACCGGAUCCGGGGGUGCAUUCUGGAUGCUCCCCACUCCCGCAUUAGCAGCUGCGGCCUCAACUGCAGCCCCAUCGGAACCGUCCAUAUGGGCCUUCCCGGCCAUGGCCGGGCAGUACCGCGCCGGGGCCGGCAGCGGGAGCACCAUCCAAGCGCCACUCCAAUUCAUGUCGCGGAUAAACUUACCCGCCUCCUCCGACUUCCAAGGCGGCCGUGCUCUUCCGCUGGGAUCCAUGGUUCUGCAACAACAUCCCACCGCGACGGCUCAACAUCUGGGACUCGGCACCGCAGAGACUAAUCUAGGAAUGCUGGCAGCUCUCAAUGCAUACAACAGAGGCGGCGGCAACCUGAGCAUUAAUUCUGAGCACCACCAACAGGCAAUGGAUCACCACCACCACCACCACUCCCAGCAGCAAGGCGAAGACAGUGGAAAAGACCACCAAACUAGCUCACAGUAGCAAGGGAAGUAGAAAUAUUUACAGUGUGUUUUUAAUUAAUUGGGUGCACGCAAUUACAAUGCAGAGCUUGGAGUACAACAAUGGAGAUUAGUACGUUCCUUUUCUCCUUCUUUAUUUCACCCACUUCUUCUUCUUCUCCUCCUCAUUAUUUGAGUUGCAGAAGUUGAUAAUUGAGUGCUGAAGCUGAAGAACUCUUCAAACUAGUGGAUCGUGUUCUCCCAGCUAGCGAGGGAACACAUCCAUUGCCUCUUUUUUUGGCUUUUCUUUCUUUUGUUUUUCCAAAAAAAAUUCUGCUCAAGUAAUUGUGAGAUUUAUCAGACAAAGAUUUGUAUA